CGGUCCACGAUUUCAAUUUCCACGUGUUCAACAUAGUUAAGAGAAGAGUCAAAGGAUAAUGAUAUGGUUGUCUUUUGUUUACAUACUGUGGAACUGAAUUUUUAUAUCUUGGAAAAAAAUGUCGAGUAAUAUUGAAGUGGCGAUAAAGGUGCGGCCGUUAUUAAAGAAAGAAAAGGAGGAUAAUCUAAAUAUUCAAUGGGAUAUACGUAAUUAUGUUGUUACAAGAACUUCUGUGCAAAGUAUGAAAAGAAAACGUUCCGAAGCUGAAAAAUUUUAUUUUGAUCAUAUUUUUGAUGCUGAAAAUACGAACUGUGAUGUUUUUGAAAGAAUUGUAAAGAGAAUAGUUAGCUCUGCAGUAGAUGGCUAUAAUGGCACAGUCAUUGCUUAUGGUCAGAGCAACUCUGGAAAAACUCACACCAUGUUAGGAACUGCCAACGAUCAUGGAAUUAUUCCACAAAGUGCAAAAUAUAUGUUUGAUCUUGCUAAAAAAUUGCAGGAUCGAAAAUUAACUUUUAAAGUAUCCUAUUUUGAAAUAUACAACAACACAGUGAAUGACUUAAUAGAUAUUAAUAAUACCAAUCUUAAACUCAGACAAAGUAUAAGCAAUCUCGUGCAAGUUGUUAGUUGUAAAGAAGAAUUAGUAAGUGACUCUAAGAGUAUUUUAAAUAUUAUCGCAAAAGGUGAACAAAAUCGUAGAGUACGACAAAGCUCAAUGAAUAACAGAAAUGACAGAAGUCAUACUGUGUUGAGGAUAAAUAUUGAAAAUAAAGAUAAAAGGAAUAAAUAUCACUUACAUAAUCGGUUUUCUCAAUUGAAUUUGGUAGACCUCGCAGGUCAUAAAAGUCUUAGUAAUUAUCAAUCUAAAGAUGAUUGCCAUAUAAAUAUGUCAUUAUCAAUGCUUAGCAUUAUAAUUGUGCAAUUAAAUAGAUUCUCAGAUACUGAAAAAUACAUUAAUUUUAGAGAAAGCAAGCUAACUCAGUGUUUGCUUCCCUCCUUUGGAGGUAAUGCUCAAACUGCUUUCAUUUGUACAGUUUCUCCAGUAGCAAUAGAGGAGACACAAACUACUUUAUGGUUUGCAUUUAGAGCAGCAAAUGUAAGAAAUAAACCUAAAUUGAAUAUAAUAUUAUUUUACAAACUUGAACUUGUAACGAAAAUAUGUAGUUUUCAUCGUUUUCUUAAAGUGAAAAUGAAAAGAUUACUUGAUAAACUUAUUCAAAUACAAGAAGAAAAUAAACUAACUUGUCAAAGUAAUCCAUCAAACUGUCGUAUAUCACAAGUGAUGAAAAUAAUUAAAAAUAAUAGAAGUAAAUUUUCUUUGGAUUUAAUUGUACCAGUAAUAAAUGAAGAUGAUGUAUUUUCUGCCUUACAGCAAUUUAAAAGAGAUCUUGAAAAACUUCAUGAUAAACUUGCAUUUCUAGCUGAUUUUAUUACAACUAAUGAAAAUAUAUUAAGUCUGUUACAAAGUAUAGAGAACGAUUUUGAUCAUCUUGAGCCAAAAGCUGUUUUACUUGAAACAUUCAUCGAUAUUUUAAUUAAAGACUGAAAAUUAUAAUU